AUGUCUAUUAUAAAUGGAACUGUGUUCUUCAUGCCUUCUGUAUUGACUUUUAUUGGAAUCCCUGGCCUGGAAUCUGUACAGUGUUGGAUUGGGAUUCCAUUUUGUGUCAUGUACAUGGUUGCUUUGAUGGGAAAUUCUCUACUUUUGGUCAUUAUCAAAUCUGAACCCAGUCUCCAUGAGCCUAUGUAUAUCUUUCUGGCCAUGUUGGGAGCUACAGAUAUAGCACUGAGCACCAGUAUUGUCCCUAAGAUGCUUGGAAUUUUUUGGUUUCAUUUACCAGAUAUCUACUUUGAUGUCUGCCUUUUUCAGAUGUGGCUCAUACAUACAUUUCAGGGUAUUGAAUCAGGAGUACUUCUGGCCAUGGCUCUGGACCGCUAUAUUGCAAUCUGCUAUCCUCUGAGGCAUGCUACCAUAUUUACAAGGCAUGUAGUCACUCAUAUUGGAGUUGGGAUGACUUUACGACCUGCUAUUCUGGUAAUCCCAUGUCUAUUGCUUAUAAAGUGUCGCCUGAAGUUUUACAGAAGCAAGUUAAUUUCUCACACAUAUUGUGAACAUAUGGCCCUUGUGAAGCUUGCUGCUGAAGAUGUUUACAUCAAUAAGUUCUACGGUCUUCUUGGAGCUUUUACUGUUGGUGGCCUAGACUUUAUUUUGAUAACCCUAUCCUAUAUACAAAUAUUUAUUACCGUCUUCCAUUUGCCCCAGAAAGAAGCACGCCUUAAAGCUUUUAAUACAUGUAUUCCCCACAUAUGUGUCUUUUUCCAAUUCUAUCUCCUGGCUUUUUUCUCAUUUUUUACUCACAGAACUGGCUCUCAUAUCCCAUCAUAUAUCCACAUCACUUUAUCUAACCUUUAUUUAUUGGUUCCACCUUUUCUCAACCCAUUUGUCUAUGGGGUAAAAACCAAGCACAUUCGAGAUAAGGUGGUAAAAAUAUUCUGUUCCAAAGAAUAA